GCGGGCGGGCGGGCGGGGGGAGCAUUCCUGCCCCGCGGGGCCCCGGCGCGCCCCGCUGCCGCUGCCCCCCGCCCGCAGGUGCAGGGGGCUGGCGCUCGGGAACUGGAAAGAGCUGGUUGGAGUUUGCACUUUAAGCUCCCGGCUGGGAGGGAGCCGGGGGCUGGGAGCGGGUCUGGGCGCCCGGCGCCGCGGGAGGAUGGCUCGGUGGCUGCGGUCCCUGGCGGGAGCCCUGCUGCUGCUCGAGGGGGCAGCCGCCCUCAGCUUCCUCCACCAUCGCUACGAGGAGAUGGUGCAGGCCCUGUUCCGUGUGCAGAGCCAGUGCCCCUACAUCACCCGCAUCUACAGCAUCGGCCGCAGCGUCGAGGGCCGACACCUCUACGUGCUGGAGUUCAGCGACUACCCGGGCAUCCACGAGCCCCUGGAGCCAGAGUUCAAGUAUGUUGGGAACAUGCAUGGGAACGAGGUGCUGGGCCGUGAGCUGCUGCUGCAGCUCUCUGAGUUCCUGUGUGAGGAGUACCGCCGGGGCAACGAGCGGAUCACCCACCUCAUCCACGACACACGCAUCCACAUCAUGCCCUCCAUGAACCCCGACGGGUACGAAGUGGCUGCCAAGCAGGGCCCAGACAGCAAUGGGUACUUGACGGGGAGGAACAACGCCAAUGGAGUGGACUUGAACCGCAACUUCCCUGACCUCAACACAUUCAUGUACUACAGUGGGGAAAUCAGCGGGCCAAAUCACCACAUCCCGCUGCCCGACAACUGGAAAAGCCAGGUGGAGCCAGAGACGUUGGCUGUGAUCCAGUGGAUCAGCAGCUACAACUUUGUGCUCUCAGCCAAUCUCCAUGGUGGAGCAGUGGUGGCAAAUUACCCCUACGAUAAGUCUCAGGACCAGCGGUUCAGGAGCCACCGGCGCACAGUCAACACACCUACCCCUGAUGACAAGUUGUUCCAGAAGCUGGCCAAGACCUACUCGUAUGCCCACGGCUGGAUGCACCGUGGCUGGAACUGCGGGGACUACUUUGCUGAUGGCAUCACGAAUGGGGCAUCCUGGUACUCACUCAGCAAAGGCAUGCAGGACUUCAAUUACCUCUAUACCAACUGCUUUGAAAUCACCCUGGAACUGAGCUGCAAUAAAUUCCCCCCUGAGGAGGACCUGGAGCGGCAGUGGAUGGCCAACCGAGAGGCCCUUGUUGCUUUCAUUGAAGAGGUUCACCAGGGCAUCAAAGGUCUGGUGUCAGAUGAGAACAACAACGGCAUUGCAGGAGCAGUGAUUUCUGUCCAGGGAAUCAGCCAUGACAUCACCUCUGGUGAUACAGGGGAUUAUUUCCGGCUGCUGCUGCCUGGCACUUACACUGUCACUGCCUCUGCAGAGGGGUACCAGCCACAGACAGUGACCACAACAGUUGGCCCAGCUGCACCUUCACUGGUGCAUUUCCAGCUCAAACAAGACGUGGUGAGGAAGCCCCUGGAGCGUAAAACCUCAGGCACACGCACAAACAACAAAGCCCUUCAGAAGAAGGUAGUGCCAAGAGCUACCCGCCGGGGGACCCAAAGAUGAGGACAGCUCACUUGGCUGAGAGCUGGGGGAAGCCAUUUAUACGAGGCUUGGCUGAUGACUCCAGCCAGUGAACUUUCCAACAGUCCAGCAUGAAACUAGCCCAAAUUAUUAUGAUAUUAAACGAGGAAGUAUUUAA